UUCAGAGCCUUGGGUCGUAAAACGACGAUGUUUUGGUCCAGCUGUAUAUCUAUCUUGAGUGCUCCUGUAUCGUUCAAUCCACACAGUACGGAGAUUAAAACGACUUUCCUUAAAAUGGACGGCUUGCAAUGCAGUUGAACGACUUCGGUCAUUAAAUCUGCUUUCAGUCCCUCGCCCUUCUUUCCUCCCAGCCCGACAGCUGAGAUGACAAGGCAGUGAGAUCGUCUGGCCCAGCGUGUCUUCCUGUGUCUCUCUUGUUACCCUGAGAUGGCAACGGCUAAAAAGAGCACUGUGAAAACGGGCGGGGUGCGUUUCUCGGAGGAGCCCAACGCCACCACCGCCGCCGCCGCCGCCUCCCACGUUCACUUUGAGGAGAAGCUGCAUGACUCGGUCGUCAUGGUGACCCCGGAGGCCAACGGCAAUUUCCUGGUCAAGGUGGGCUUCUUGAAGGCCCAGCACAGGUAUGAGAUCGUCUUCACCCUGCCGGCGCUGGGCAAGGCCGUGUGUCCGGCGCCCGUUCCCAGCCCCCACCUGCGGACCACCGACCUCACCCUCCUCCCAGACGGCGGUCUGAGGGUGACCUGUGAGUACAUGGCCCAGCAGGAGGGGGUGCUCAGUGAGGAGCUGCUGCUCCUGAGUGAGGCCAACGACCACGUGUGUGUCACGGUCAAAGUUCACGCCAGAGUCAUGGAUCGCCAUCACGGUACGCCCAUGUUAUUGGAGGGAGUGCGCUGUAUCGGAGUGGAGCUGGAGUACGACUCGGAACAAAGCGACUGGCAAGGAUUUGACUAGAGGACACACACACACACACACACACACACGCACACGCGCACACGCACACACGCACGCACACACGCACACACGCACACGCACACACACACGCACGCACGCACGCACGCGCGCGCACAUACCAUUCUCGUAAUUCAUGUUGCCAGGAGCUAGCGUCCCCGGGAUCGGGGGACCUUCAAGGGAACGUACAGCCAGCCCUGGCGUUCAGAGAACAUCCUACACGAAUAAUCAACCAUCCCCACUGAAUGCAUCGGCUUCCUCCUCAUCUUCAUCAUCGUCGUCGACAUCCUCAGCAGACUAGACACAGCGUCCAAAUCAGUGGUUUUCAAACUGUGGGGCGCGCCCCCCCUGGGGGGCGCCAGAGUUCUUCAGGGGGGGCGCGACGUGAGAAAAAAAUAAACCCGAAGAAAAACCUGUCGAUGAUUCAAAUCAUCAAUCCUACUUCAACUGUAGAAGUAACCUAACUAAAUCAAUUUUCAACCGUUUAUCUUCAUGCAAACCAUUUAACAAAUCUACACACUUGUAUCUUCAAUAAUAUCCAAACAGAAUUUCGAUAUCAUUUAAAAUGUCUUCAGAACCACCGUUUUAGUUUCAUACCGCUUCGUUUUCAGCUGUUUUCAUUGAAGACGUCUGCCCAUUCUGAUACUCCUACUUCUAGACAUCGUAACUCAUUCAUUUUUCAACCGUUUAACAUCGUUCAAACAAUUGAACAAAUCUACACACUUGUAUCUUCAAUACUAUCCAAACUGAAUUUUGAUAGCAUUUAUACUUUUUUCAGAAUCACAGUUUUAGUUUCAAACCGGCAUCGUUUUCAGUUGCUUAUAAUGAUUUAGGUCACCAUAGCAACGCCGGUAAACAAACCCCGCCGAAUAGUCGUAUCUCUGGACUGAAAAAGCAGAUCUGAUUCGACUCUGAAAAUUCAGAGUCGGGGACCCUGAAGGAAUCUGUGUAAACUGGCAGUUUACACAGAUUAAGAUGUUCAAAUGUAUUUAAAAAAGGUUAAGCUAAAACAUGCUUAGAUAAAGUUGUAAAAUUGUGUUAAGAAAUGUGUUUAAAAACGCACAAAGAUGUUGCAAUGUUUCAGAAAUAUGUUUAAAAUGUUUAAAAAAUAUGUUUAAAAAAUAUGUUUCAAAUGUUUAAAAAAUAUGUUUCAAAUGUUUUAAAAUUAUGAUCAGAGAUGUUUAAAAUGUGUAAAAUAAUUAAGAUAGCUUUCAAAACACAGGUCUUUAGAAAAAAAAAUUUUGGGGGG